AAACAAUUUAAUAAUAAUAAUUAUUAUCGUUAGUAUACAAAGUCUCCACGUGAUAAGCCUGUAAGUUGUAGACACAAAACUACGUAUGGUUUGAAGCAAGAGAUGGUUAAACUAAACGUGGGCCAUUCAAGUGGUUGACCAAUAAAGUGCGUAAUCCCAGGUGACGUGGUUCAUUUGGUUGUGCAACCUUGGGAAGGAUAUGGCAACAAAGAUAAUAUCACCACAUCCACAAGCUCUCUCCUCCUUCUUUCCUUCUAAAUGCAGCGGCCGCCUGCACCAACACCGGCCAUGGCUAGGACGGGAUUCAACCCAUGUGAGACCCCAGAGACAGCUGCUUCCUCGACUCUCCUUACAACAAACCAUCAUAGCCUCUUCUGCUCUUGCGGACCUUCUCCAACCUCACCAACAAAAUCCAGAUUCGAUAUUUCUACUGGCGGGGAGUGCGGGCUAUUCCUUGGCUAGCUACUACACCUCUCUUGGUCUCUUUGUCAUCUCUGUUCCUGGCCUUUGGUCUCUUAUCAAACGCUCUGUAAAAUCCAAGAUAGUGCAGAAGACAUUUAUAGGAGAAGAGGCAGAGAAGAAGGCACCAAAUCAAGUUGCUGGAGAAAUUUUAUCUUUCUUCACUCGCAACAAUUUUGUGGUAACUGAUAGGGGAGAGACUAUCACAUUUGAAGGAACGAUGGUUCCGAGCCGAGGACAAGCAGCAUUAUUGACAUUCUGCACCUGCAUUAGCCUUGCAAGCGUUGCACUUGUGCUCACCAUAACAGUUCCAGAUGUCGGGAAUAACUGGUUCUGGAUCACUGUUCUAAGUCCAUUGGCAGGAGCUUAUUACUGGAAGCGGGCAUCAAGAAAGGAGCAGAUCAAGGUUAAAAUGUUGGUUGGCGAGGAUGGAACUCUGUCUGAGAUUGUAGUUCGGGGUGAUGACCAGCAAAUAGAUCAAAUGAGAAAAGAACUCAAGCUUAGCGAAAAAGGAAUGGUCUAUGUAAAGGGCAUCUUCGAGAGAUGACAUUGCAACUUGACCCUUCGCUGAAAUGCACUUCUGGGUGUAUGUUUUUUAGCCUUUUAAAUAGGAGACUUCUGGGCAUAGACUUUGUCAUCUGUGUUCCCUAAAAAUUUUGUGAUUAUCCAUAAAUUAAUGGCUGCUUGUCUUGUAUGCUGCAAAUUUUGAAAAAUGCUUAACAUCCAUGAUGCU